GCUCGCGGGUUAUGCCUCUUCCCUUUUUACCCUAGUCUGACUACGCAUGCGUGGGGGCCCUUCGUACCAAUGGCGACAUGUGCUUUGGGAGAAUCGUGAAAAUCAAAAUGGCAGCGACGGCGGGUACUUCGACAGUGCUCCCAACAGAAAAGAUGGACACCAAUGUCAAGUCUUACAAAGAAGUGGUGGGUGCCUCUAACGACAAUGAAACCUCUCCGAAACAAGAAACAGUUAAAGAAAUCAAACAGAAACAGCAAGAACCAGAAUCAGCCAAGACCAGAAAUACUUCUAAAAAUGGUCAAGAGAAAAAUGAACAGCAAGAAAAAGGACCUGUAAAAUUGUUUGACAGUAAGCUUUAUGUUGAAGCUCCUCCACCAAAAGUUAAUCCUUGGAAGAAAAGCACUGAGACUGCGCCUCAAGAUCCAGUGCCGCCGCAGAAGGUUACUGCCCCAAAAGAUAAGAAAGACAAGAAUGCCAGUGAGCCUGUGGUAACUAAAGCUGCACCAAAAGAAAAACAUGAUGACAAGAGCCCUCCAUUGGAUGAAAACUGGCCAGCUCUUUCAGAAGUGACAGAUAAUUCAAAAAAGUCAGCAGUCAGGACGACCUACCAGGGGAAGUCCACAAUCAUGCAACAGGAGAAUGGUACACAACCUCCUCAGAGCCUACCAUCAGCACAGCAAUCUGCCUCUGAGAUUUCUUCAUCACCUCAGCCAACCUCACAGACAACAUCAGCCUUGUCACAGAGUGACUCAGGUGGUGAUGAUUCAUCUAAAGAAAACAAAGAGAAUAAUGCCGAGGAAUUGCAGCAGACACCCAAAUCCAAGAAAGGAUCAAGGCAGAAGUGGGUUCCUCUUGACAUUGAACCACCAAAAGGCCACCAUCGAGGCAGACGAAGCAGAAGUGCUGGUCGAAGAGCAUCACCACCACCAAAUCGUCGAGACCAGAGGCGCCCAGGAGAGCGUUCUCAGGCCGGUGACAAGAAAUCUUCUGAUUCUAAGAAUUGGAGAGAUGACACAGUUGCAUCAAGUAAUCAGCAAGGUGAUGGCCAUGGCCGUGGUGGGUUUAACAGCUUCACUCGUGGUGGUCGAAGAGGUCGUGGAAGAGGACGGGGAGGAACACAUGGCAGAGGAAGAUCAUUAGAUACUAAUGAUUUGUUUGUGGGAAUGGACAGACAGUUUGGAUCAUUUGAAGAUGCAUUUUACAUGGAAACUCCAACACCCUUCAUGCAAAGUCUUGGACCUGUGUAUUUCAACACACCUGUGGAUGUCAGGCAGGAUUUCGUGCAGAAGCAAAUUGAGUACUACUUUAGUGAGGAGAAUCUUCAGCGUGAUUUCUAUCUGAGAAAAAGGAUGAAUAAAGAAGGCUGGAUUCCCAUCUCAUUGAUUGCUGGUUUUCAACGAGUGAAGCAACUUACAUUGGAUGUCAGCGUCAUUCUUGAGGCUAUAAAAGAAAGCAAACAGCUGGAUCUGUCACCAGACUUCUUGAUGGUUCGCAGCUGCCAUGAUCCAACCAAGUGGCCUUUAGAUGCAGAUGGGGAAGAUCCCUCGCUCACCACAACUGUUCUGCAUUCCAAUCUUCAUGCAGAUGUACCUGAAUUUAUUCCGGGUCAGAAGUACACUUUCCCUACUCAAGGUGAUGGAAAUCAUGGCAUUAAGUUGGAAGAAGAGAUUGGGUCAUCUUUUGGUAAAGAACGGAAGAGAGUGAACAGUCAGACAUCUGAGGAUGCACUGGAUCACUUAGAGCUUACAAGUCAUGUGACACCAAUGUUGUCAUCAUCAGCACCUGAGCUGAGUGGGGAAUGGCAUGAAGUGCGGCGGCGGGAACGCAAGGCACAAAAAGAAAGAGAGGAAAGAGAGAAAGUUGCAAAAGAAGAUAAAGAUUCACAGGAUGAUCAUGGAGAUGAGCUUGCGGAACUUGAUUUUAUGCUUGAUGAAGAACUAGAAAGGUUGGAAGUCGGACGUCGCAAUAACUUCACAGACUGGUCUGAUGAAUCAGACGAUGAGAUCAACGAUAGUGAUAUUGAUAAAAUCUUGAUCGUCACGCAAACACCACCCUACAUGCGUAAACAUCCAGGUGGCGACCGUACAGGGGACCAUCAACCACGUUCCAAAAUGUCAGCAGAGUUGUCCAAAAUCAUCAACGAUGGGCUCUUCUAUUAUGAGCAAGACUUAUGGAAAGAUGACAUCUUGCCUUUAGAGCCUCUGCCUGACAAAAAAACUGUCAACAUGAUUACAAAAGAGAUGUAUGAAAAGAUAACGCCUAUCGUCCCUGUUAGCGUCCAGGAAUUACCACCUCCUCCCCCUCCUCCACCACCACAGCUCCGGACCUCUGAACCAAUGAAAAUUCCUAGCCCACCUCCUCAGUCUGAAGCUGCUCGUUCAUUGCCAGCUCGGGUUAAUGAGGGUGUAGGCCGACCACAGGGUCCACGAACGCCAAAGACACCACACAGCAAAAAUACCCCACGGUUCUACCCAGUGAUGAAAGACACAUCUCAGCUGCCAGAUCCACAAACACCACGGAAGAAAAAGACACGACACAGCAGCAACCCACCAGUGGAGGGCCAUGUGGGUUGGAUCAUGGACUCCCGUGAACAUCCUUCCCGAUCUCGACAUAACUCAACUUCCAUGUCACAGAGUCCCUCAGACGGCAGUUAUCUUGCAACCAGCUAUGGCAGCCUUCCUAAUACAUUCCCUAAUUUUCGUCAUCCAUCUCAUAAGCUGCUAAAAGAAAACAAUUUUGUAUGGCAUGUUUACCACAAGUAUCAUGCCAAGUGCCUCAAAGAGCGAAAGCGUUUGGGGAUCGGACAGUCACCCGAGAUGAACACACUCUUUCGGUUCUGGUCCUUUUUGAGGCAGCACUACAACAAGAAAAUGUACCAGGAGUUCCGUGCUCUAGCGGUAGAGGAUGCAAAAGCAGGCUACAGAUAUGGUAUUGAGUGCCUCUUCCGCUUCUACAGUUAUGGUCUGGAGAAGAGAUUUCGUACAGAAGUGUUUCAGGAAUUUCAGGAGGAGACCGUUAGAGACUAUGAGACCAACCAGCUGUAUGGACUUGAGAAGUUCUGGGCCUUCUUGAAAUACUCCAGACGGAAAGUAGACAUAGACCCCAAGUUGAAGGAAGCGCUGUCGCACUACAAACGCUUGGAGGACUUCAGAGUGGAGCCACCAGAAGCAGCCAUGCACUCGAGCUUAAGUCAGGCCUACAGUGGACCUGUUGGCAACCGAUCUCGCACCAGCAGCAACUCUGAGGGGCACCACACACACCUUCAUCCUCACCAGCUUCCACAGGCAGCCGCCUUAGCCCUUACAUCUGAUAAGACUGCUCCCAGCAGUGAGCCAGUUCUAGAAGGGGCAGUAGGUGGGAUACCAGCUAAAAACUGAAGCAAGAUUCGUACUCGUCACUCAAGGUUGGGAGUCUGCAUAAAUCUGUUUAGGAGCAGCGGAACUUGAGGGUCUUCAGUUCAGGAAAUGAAAACUGAAACCAGAUGCCUUAUUGAGAAGAUAGCAGUGGGAGGAGAUGUGCUAGUGAUUUGUGCCAGUGAUUUAUACAGGUUUGGGUGACAUGAUUUUUUGCUGACAUUUUUCGUCAGCGAGCACGACAGAUGCACCACAUGCCAAGCACCAAACAUCUUUGAUUUUUUGGUGGCAAUUGUGUAAAAACAAACAGGAUUUGGGUAGCCACGACUUCUUAAGAUUUUCUUUGCAGCUUCUGAACUGCAGUGAGUUGCUUUGGAAGCCAACCCUAGCCAUUCUUUUUUGAAGUAGUUGACCUUGCUAAUCUUGUGCAUUGAUCAGUUCUGAUCAGCAUGUUCACCAUUGAUUGCUAGGGGCACUCUGAAGGAACAGACCACUUUGUAAAUGGUGUUGGAGCUUGUUCAUUUACUUGCAAUUAUUUUGAAUUCUGACAUAUUUGUAGGGAGGAGCUGGGUUUUGUCUGUUUCUCUCUCAUUCUCUCUUUCUUUCUCACUUUUUAAAUCUCUCCUAUUUCUUCAUCAAUCCACCACCUAUCCAAAACAGAAGGGAUUAUAUUUUGAUUUGAUAUCACUCUCCUUUAUUUUAAGUGACAGAUUUUUUUUUACAGAUAAUUGUCUCUCUCUUGUUUUUAACAAGGAUAAAAGCUUUCAAACAUUUUGUUGCAGUAUGCGCCUUAAUUAAUUAAUUUUAAGCACUGCUCCAUGGGGGUGUGGUGAGGGCGCAAUUUGCAGAUUAUGAUUGAUUGUUCUCAAAUGCAUGGUAAUGUUCUUUCCCGCUGCUCAUUUUCUAAAGGAGCAUUUUUUAGAAAGGCAAAGAUAGUUAACACAGUAUAAUUGAUAAGCCUUUGAUCAACUCUUAAUUAAGAUGCUCAUUUUUCACCAUACAAACCAUCCAGUCAUCUACAUUGUGUAGAAGGUUGAGCUUAUUUAAGAUGAUCAUCCCUUCCCAAAAAGUUGCUGACAAUAGGAUGUGUAAGUCAUAUGUUGUGUAUUGUAUGUGACCAGUGUUGGGUCUUUGUAUGCUGUUAGCUCAUUUUAUUCUCUUUGACACCCACUCUGUCAUUGCAUUUUACUGUUACCCACUUUACUUUGGAAGCAGAUACAUUGGAAGAAGGUAUGUUAUUAAAACUGUGCAUAGUUUCUGCUUCUGACAUUCUUUUCCUUACUGCACAAUGGGACAAGUCACUGUACCAACACUAACUGCUCAGUAAUAUUGCUGUCACUACAGAAUGUAGCUGCAGGCACAGCUAGAAUGCUUUUAUGUCUACCUUGCUGUGAGAUUACUGGCUCUUACUGAAUGUUGAUGUUGGUUCACUGGGGUUUGGAACUUUGAGUGACAGUUAUCUUCCAUAUAGUCUUGCUUAUCAAAGCUUGCUAUCAAAGUCCUUGCUGGGUUUCAUCAUUUUCAUCAUCUCCAAGGUAGUGGAAUUGACAUUACAGCAGGGCUGAGCAUACUAAGUGUGCUGCAGGUGUAUUUUUAUUCUACUGGACCUGGCACUUGGAUAUGUCAGAGGCUGCUGGUGUAUAAAAAAAAGAGUCCAAUUAUAUUACAGACUUUUUGUUAAAUAUAAUAAGGUGAUGAAAAUACAGUAUGGUGAUGCAUACUGAUUAUGACUUUUUUAACAUUAGUGAAUACUGAAGUUAUACCAGUUACUACUAACUUGCAUUUCUUUAUAAACUAUGCAACUGUAUUGGAUGGCUGUUAUGAUCCUACCAUGUUCUGAGAUAUUUAUGUUCUGUUCACUUGCAACAGAGGAUGUUACCUUUUUUUUGUCAUUAACCCUGUUUCUCCUUCUCUCUACACCCGCCCACUUCCUCACCUCUUCAUUCUUACACUCAAGAAAAUGCAGAGUAAUUGUGUAAAAUUCACAGCAUCAUGAACUCCAGUUAACAGAAUGAACACAGUUUGCAGGAUCACAUCACACAAUUCAGCUAGAAUAACUACUAGUUUGUCUGCAUGUGUUUAGCUAGAGUACAUACCAUUUUUAUUAGCUUAUCUGGGAGACACGGUGUUUAGGUGUGCUUUUAUUACUUUUCACAAUUUUAAGAGUCUCGCAGUUCACUUUCUUCCAGUGUUCUCCUUGUAAUGAUUAAAUUCCCACUACCCUACCUAACCCCUUUUAGAGUAAUAAACUACUUUCUGGUCAGACCCUAUUAGGAAGGGUAUGUGAGUGUAUUUAGUAGAGACCACAACAGUUCUUUUUAACCAAAAACACAGGCUUUCGACUCAAACCCCUCCUCUUCUUCUCCCCCAAUCCAUUUUCCCUGAGCUGGUUAUGUGCAUGUUUGUGUGGACUGAUUCGGCAAAAGUAUGGCUACAUUGUAGUGUAAAAUACAUUAAGAAAAAUACACUGUAUUUGCAGGAGUGAUUUUAAUUCCUCAAGAAAUGGUGUUUUGCUAUUUUUUGUAAAUUUGCAUGGAUAUGGUGAAGGUGGUGGUAGGGAUGAGGUGUGGCUCCAAAUUUACUUUCACUUUUUACAGACAAGCAUGUAUGACACACUAAAGAUUUCAUUGUUUUCAAAUUUUAUUUUCCUUAUCAUCCUUUUUUCAACUUUUAAAAGCUAAUUUCAAUGGGAGUUCUGUUGUUAAGCCAAGAUGCCAAUUUUUUCCUUGGAAUGAUAUUUGCACAAAUCAUGUGAAACUGAUUCCUCUUGUUGCUGGCAUGUUUUCUAUAUAAUGUGAAUAUCUUGUAAUUAACAGUGAUUUAAUCAGGGUGUGAGGGUUUUUAAUUCUUUUUGUCUUCCCUCAUUUGUUGUGAAAAUGAUGAUCAUGGUGAUCAUUCUGUCAGACCACUCUUUCAAGUUUUGAUAUGGAACAGGGGUACCUCCGUGAAACACAGUCUUUCAAAAAUAUUAAGGAAGUAACAGGCUUAACAAGUAAAUUGUACCAGUGCGAGGACUUAACAUUAAUUGCAUCUGACGUCGAAGGCCAAAUGCUUUGUGCAUAUUGUUCCGCCCUAAUGUGUGGACUUCUAAGACGAGCCUCCAAUGCAGAGAUACCUGCUUGCAUGAUCAAUCCAUAGACAUUUGUUUUUGACUGCUUCUCUUCAUUAAGAUCUGUUCUUUAAAGUUCAGUCAUUUUGUAAACCAUCUGUAGCUGACUGUCCCUGUGGAAUAUACAUUUUCAGGUCAGACCUCGGCCUGCUGGGUAUACAUUCUGCACCUCCUGAUGCAGUUUUUUUAUUUCUUAUCUCCAAAUAUUUGUAGGCAUUGUUUCUGUUUGAAAACAUAUCGGGCAAACAUAAUAAGAUUUUGAACUUUUGAAUGCCUUUUUGUUUUAAAAUUCACAUGCAAAUUUGAUUUGAUAAUGCAAUCAUAUAUGCCCACGAAACACACUUGUUUUCUGAUGUUUUACAAUUUCUUUAGUAAUUCUUUGUAACCAAGCUUUUGUUAAAGAGUGCAUUUAUUAUGGUUUCAUGGCGGUGUUAGAUAACAGUAAAUAUCAGAGAGAAACAUCUUUCUGAAAGGUUUCUUGCGCCAGUGUUAGAGUUGGAGAUAUUUUCACAAAGUGCAUUCACUGUUAACAAAAUUUUAUUUCUUUAGCUUCAACAGCUGAAAUGUGUUACUCUUCAGACAUUUUGAUAUUUGUAAGAGACAACACAUUCUGUUUGUUCUUUGAUGAUUUUCCUUUCAUGGUAGCCUUUCUAGACAUGAGGAUGGAGUGCAAGAUGUACAAAGUCAGCAAAGAAAUUGAUGCUAAAAGUUUCCUCUUUCUGUAUUUGGCCUCAUAAUGUGUUUUGACUACAGUAAGUCUUGCACAGAAAUUUGACUGUCUUAUUUCAGUAAGAUUUAUGACUCUGGUCUUUUUUUCCCCAUUGACAUGCGUCAAGCAGGCAUUCUGAGCAGUGAUCAGUUUAUUAUCAGACACAUUUUUUUUUUCAGGCAAAUUCCAUUUGAUUUUCCCACCCAGAUCCAUCCCCUUAGUUAUUAUCUCUAUAUUUGCAAGGAAGGACCACAAAUCUGUUUAACUUAAGCCAUCUCUUUUGCAUUUAAUACAGGUGCAUCAGUUACCAAAAACUGUGGUUUGAACUAUGUACAUACCUUUAAAAAUCAUCUGUACAUAAUUUUAUGAUGCAACUGGCUUUUGAAACCCAUAUAUUCAUCAUAAUAAAGUUCUACCUUUGUGAGUAUAUGUGUAUUUAUGUGUGGUUAUGGUUAACUUUUAACAAGUUUUACGCAACUUGUCCUCAUUGGUAAAAUUUAUGUCUUGGAAAUUGUAUCAACUUGUUUUCUAAUCAUCUAGUUCCUAAAUGGUUUUUUUGUUUCAUUUUUAAAUGCAAAAUCAUUUAAAGGAGAAAAUCGACAUUUCUAACUUAAACUUAAAAUAUGGAUUGGUCUCAGAAGUAUUUUUCCCGAAAAAUCUGGUAAACCCAUGUCUGGUCUGGGAAGGGAAUCUUUCAAAACAUGUUAAAUUUUAGUGAUAUCAAUCUUUUGUUUUCCUAACUGAUAUAUGCAUGCAUAUUGAUAUGGAUCAUUGCCUAACAAAAUCCACAAACGGUUACAAGCAUGUUCUUACCACUUUCACUAGUUCUGCCCAUCACCCCACAUCACUGCUUGCUGGUGUGGAUGUGUACACGUGCAUGUAUUUACAUAUGUAUACUUACACUACAGCCAGUACCAGAGUAUGAUUAGUCAAACUGCAGAUUUGUUUCCCUUAUUUUGUUAGGGAUUCUUAAAACAUAAUUUUAGGGAACACUUGUAAGUUUUGUUAUGUGUACAAAUCAUUUGUCUAGAAAUAUGAUGUUUGCAAGAAA